ACAUACCAAAGGUUUGUGGAUAGAACCGAAACCACCGUACGUCCAUCUCUCUCUCUCUCUCUCUCUACACCACAGCCACUGGAAAAGAAACACACUGCACAGUCAGUCUCUCUCUCUCUAGAAAAAUACCAAUACAAAAAUAAACAGAGCGGAACGCAGAGUUGGGUUUUAGUUUCGGGCAGAAAUGGCGACGAAGCUACUAGUAUCUCCAAUCUCUCAUAAUCCCACAUUUUCGACCCAAGACCCGACCCGAGUCCACUCGUGGGCCCCACAUAUUCGGAUGCCAUCAAGACAGAGAAGCGUCGUAGUUCGAUUAUCUACUACUUCAGCACUUGUGGAGCAUCUGCACCAAGAUCCACAGUCUCUGUUUAUGCUAGCGGAUAAUGCUGGCUACUCGUUGGCUAGUUAUUACACUUCGCUCGGUCUAUUUGUUAUCUCGGUUCCCGGUCUUUGGUCCCUCAUUAAACGCUCCGUUAAAUCUAAGGUUGUGAAGAAGACAUUCGUAGGAGAAGGGGAGGUGAAGAAGGCGCCUAGCCAGGUGGCAGGCGAAAUUCUUUCGUUCUUUACACGAAACAAUUUCGCAGUGGCAGAUAGAGGGGAGACAAUAACAUUCGAAGGAAUGAUGACACCGAGCCGCGGUCAAGCAGCGCUGCUAACAUUUUGCACCUGUAUUAGUCUUGGAAGUGUGGCGCUUGUUCUUACGAUAACUUACCCCGAUUUCGGAAACUAUUGGUUCUUGCUAACCGUUUUCAGCCCCCUAGCAGGAGCGUACUAUUGGACGAAAGCUUCUAGAAAGGAGGAGAUUAAGGUAAAGAUGAUAGUAGCGGAAGACGGGAAGCUAUCGGAAAUAGUCGUUCAAGGCGACGACCAACAGGUGGAGCAAAUGAGAAAGGAGCUUCAGUUGAAUGAAAAGGGCAUGGUUUAUGUCAAGGGUAUUUUUGAGAAAUGAUAAUUUUGCUUUAUAUAGCAAAUUUUUUUAUUUUUUUUUAAUUUAAUUAUUAUUUUCUCACCACCAAUUUUGAUGAUUAUUGUAUGAGAAUGUAAUAUAUAUUUUAUAAUUUUUUUUGUAUUCAUUGCAUACAUCGAUUCGCAACAAGUAAGUAAGGUUAUACUAAGGUCGUGUUUGCAAAUGCUUUUUUAAAGU